AAGAUAUAAAUAUAGUAAACAUUGGUUUAAAUAUUUAGGUAUAAAAGGCUUACCUUGGAUAUUCUAUGUAUUCUGGCUUUUCUUAAAUUUUUAGUUUCUAUGGAACAUUUACCGAUACUAAACUUUUGAUUAACAAUAUAUAGUUGCCCGUGUAGUUUGUUGUUGAUUGGAGUUUCGAAUUGAAGUGCCUUCGUGGAAUCGUUCCUUUGUGCUUGAUAAAUCGCAUUAACGUUUGAUUCUCGUUCCACGGAUGUAGAUUCAUGGCGGAAACUAUUAGAUGGAAAGCAAGUUUCUCGACUCAACCUGAAAACUUGUGAGAGCUUUUCCAAUUAAUUCGUUCGCUCUAGCACCGCCUCGACUGUGUGAGAUUUUAAUUAACGCCGGUGAGCGCUUGAUAAAAACUCCUGCACGAUGAAAGACGAGCAACGAUUACAUCAUUAACCGAUUUUUCGUCACACUGUCGAGUCCCACGUGCGAUUGAUUCAAUGGAUGUUCGCGUGUCCUGUGCCCUGCUGAUGGGGUGGGAUUUCCCAUGGGAAACCGUGUGAUGUUAGAUUGUGUAAGACCUCUUUGGAAUUCUUUGGAUCUCGUUCGAAAUUACGUACUGGAGCGUGAAGAAGGGAGAACUCUCAAGGCGGCAUAAUUGUGGAUUCUUUGAUGAAAAUUAACGCGACUGUGCAUGGUGUAGAGCGAGGAAUCGUUGUUUUCCCAUCGACCGUAUACGGAAAGCCGUGAGAACGAUUUCCAUCAAGCAGAUGCGUCAAUAGCGUAAUCUUAAAAAAUGCACUGAUUUUUGUAAUGAACUUUACGAAUUUAUAUCCUACUCUGUACAAGACCCUCGAUAUAUCUCUAAUAUUAAUCUAAUAUUAAUUAUGGUCGUUGGAAAGCGUAAAUUUCAAUCACUGACCAAUUUUACAAUCUCACCGUAUCGCCUCUACUAACGACAAAAUAUACGUCUAGGUGGGCGAAUCUGACCUUUAUAAAAACGGCGUUUUACAACUCGAAUCCACAGACGUAACACCAUAAAAUCGCACCGUGCAGCGGUUGUCGUGGAUCGUGUGACGCAUUCUCUCUUUCGAUCGCAACAUGAAAUUAUUCCGCACGAAGAAAACGAAUUGAUUUGGGAGCACAGAGUUUAGUUUGCACGACUGUUUCGGGCAGUGAUUCGCCACGCCUUCGAUACGUUUCGCCAACGAAAUCGUCGAUCACGUAACGCGUGCCUCUGUACCUUCGCGACGAAUCCAAACGAAACAUCGGAAUAAAGUUAUUCCACGUCGUUGGGGCAAUUUGCCGCGUAUGCAGCGGGAUAAGGACAACCGCUUUGGAAUUUACAUUCCACGGUACAACGAACCGCGUUGUACCCGUGUUCUCUGUUGUAACGACGAUCCACUUUCUAUGAUUUUUAUUGACGACGAGACGGAGAAAUGGAAAGUCGUUGAAGUUAAUCGUGCGGUUGUUGAUGGCGAUUGCAAUAUGCGUAAGAUUGAUGCAUAUGAAAUGACGUUUCCUUUCUGGCACAAAACUUAUGCAUAUAGUACGUGUGUUAUAUAAAAUAUUUUGAAAUAUCAUUAGCUCUAUAGAAAAACGCGACUGCCAUAAUUGUAUUAAUAAAAUUUGAAACCAAUCUGAAAAUGUAUACCAUUAUUAUAAGAUAUUUACUGCAAACGUACAAUAUAUUUGGUAAAAUAUAUAUUAGCAAGCAGAAAGAGAGAGUUAAAAAAGAUAUCGGUGGUGGUGAGUUAAAAAUAGAAUUUGGUCGAUUAUCACAUCUUCGUAAACGAACAAAAUCGUAAGAUUUCACCGUGCGAGAUCUCAUUUCCAUUUGGACGAAACGGACUAAUUGGCUUUGAGUAGUUUGAGUUUCUUCUUUAAAGCCAAGGUUGAGAAUGUAACGGAGAUAAUCAUCGGAUAAUUAAGAUCUUUCACGGUAAUCCUCCACACUGAUCUGAAAUCUAGGUAAAUUCUUUACAAGCGAGAUGAUAUCUCGUUUUCGGCUGAAUUGUAAGCCUACUUGAUUCAUUCAGCGAUGCAAUCGCCUUCUCUUUCGACGCGAUGAUACAUCAAGAGCGGCGUUAGGCAAAGUAUCAGCGAGGAAUUUUUCACGGCGAUGACAGCAGAACUAGCAUCGAAAAUAUUUCUCCUGCGAUCUUCCUAUCUGAUGUUCCAGCACUCGAGCGUGGAAAAAAUGACAAGAGAUUGAAUUAUAAACCACAUGUGGCGACCGCCACGUUUCGAAGCCACCCAACCAAGAACGAUAGAGCGUCAGUCGGUGACAUUAGACGCGGUCGAAAGUGUAAGCUCGUCGCUUGUUGCGGUCUAUGGCCACCAUUAUUGAUUUCACGAUGUGCUCGUAACAGAAAACAUACGUACAAUUUGCGAGAAUAUUAGCCUUGACCAGCCAUUUACACCACUCGAUACGUCGAUCCAUUUCCGGCGAAGGAAUGACACGCAAGACGAUGAAUGCGCUAUGUUCGUUCGAUUUACGCCGACGUCCAGCCACAUCAUAUACCGACGAAUCUUUCUGAAAUGGCUAAUUGAACGUUCACCUUGGUAUCCAGGCUUUCACUGCAGACAAUCUUCGACAAAACAGUUGAAAUGAGCGGUUCCAGGGUCUGGCAGUUGGUCCUGUUCCUGAUUGUAUCUUCUUCGAGGGUAUUCUCAGCGGACAACGUGUGUUCGAGGAUGGAAAACUAUACGAUCACUUCGAUGGAAACGUACACGGAACCGGUUGUCGUGAACACGUUCACUUGGUGUCUGCAGAUUCCACCCAGAUGUCCGAAGACACGAACAGAGAUGAGGCAACGAUACCGCGUGAAGACUGAGUCAAAGACCAGGAUUAUAAAGGAAUGCUGUGAAGGCUACAAAACGAUCUCAUCCAAUAACGAGGAGACAUCGUCUUCAGGCAUCAAAUGCGUGCCUGUUUGUGAAAAAUGCCCGUCGGGGAUUUGCACCUCGCCAAAUCAAUGCCACUGUAUUCCCGGCUAUGAGGAUGACAACUGCAAUACCGUAUGUCCUCCGGGCACGUGGGGCUUGGAGUGCAAAGAGAAAUGCAACUGUACCGAGAGUGUACCUUGCAAUCCCGUAAAUGGACACUGUAUUUGCCCGCCAGGAUUACGUGCUGAAAUGUGCAAUGAGCCGUGUCCAAGCGGUCGCUGGGGACCUGGAUGCGCGUUUCUAUGCGACUGCAAGGAUUCGACCGGCGAAUGUCAUCCAGAAACAGGUCGAUGCAUUCACGAUGAUCUGGAUAACACGGUCUCCGUGGAGAACAGCAGCUAUUCCCGAAACACGGACGAGGAAAACAGCAUUACCGUGAAUUUCACGAUCGUUCAACUUGAUAGAGAAACUUCGCGAAUUUGGGAAACGGCUGAAACUACCACGGAAGCCACGACGGAUAAUCCUAGUAAAACAACGAGCCCGGAAACUACCAACGUCUCGACUACGGAUGAGAAGAAAAUUAGGGCACAAGCUCGCGAGGACGGAAACUCGAGCACCGCCAAGCCUGUCAUCGUUUGGGUUUCCGUACCGGAACGGAGGGGCAACCUGGACAGGGAUCGAGGGAAAUUCGCGAUGAAAAACUCGUUUGCGAGACACGUCAAUGAUAACAUCAAUCUGCAAGAUAUCGGUCCGCCUAAAAUCGAUUACGUUAAAAAUAUACAUAAAGACGUUCAACCGGCCCCAAUUUCCAUGGACAUCGCCCUAAUCGUGAUAGCAUCGAUCGUAUCACUGGGUCUGACCUCGGUAACAGUGGUGAUGGUUCUCCACAUGCGUUCGAAGCUAUUGGAAGCAACAAGAAUCUCGAUCUACGAAGAAGGGAAGACGAAGAACCAAGAAAAUUCGAGCGCAACGAAAAUCUCAUCGAUAGUCACCGGUACUCUUCCCCAAACCCCAAUUCGCCUGGUGCCACUGUUUACUCCAGAGUCUAUAGCGAUGCCAUCGAUGACUAACAACGAUCUCACGAACAAUUAUGCCAAUGGAGCUGCCACGAUCGGUCUCCGUAUAUCUGGCAAUUUGCAUGCUCUUCUGCAAGAGGAUCAUUACGAUCGACCAUCAGCGACGCGGAUUCACCUCCAAAGCGAUUUCGACUCGAACACGGAGCACGUUUACGACGAAAUUCCUUUACAGUCGAGUCCCUUGAAUUUCCGUAAAAACACGUGAUUGGAAAAUAACGUCGAAUUAGAAAAAAACAACGCUUUGGAUAGAAAACUGUAGUUAGAAAUCACUCUGAUGCGUGAAAGAGUAAAGGAGAAAUUUACAGGGGAUCGAAUAGCCCAAUUAGUGACACGUUUAAUCAAAAAGAUCUCUAUUCGUAGAAACAAGACGGAAGAAAGCGAAUUAAGUGUGAUGAACGCGCGACCCGAAGUAGAACUAACAAUAGGCCGCACUCUGAAUAGAAAAUCCCAAACGUCUGGUUAAGAAUUUCUCUAUUAUUCCGAAUAUCAAAGAAGAAAUCUAUGAACAACCAAUAGUUCGACUAGUGUCGCAUUUAGUUAGAAAAAUUCUUAAAUAUUUGAGGAACGAAAACGAAGGAGGAAAAGGAAGGAAAGAAAGUGAAUAAAGUGUCAGGGACGUUUAUGUGCAGUUGUUCAAGAGUCACGCUCACGUGCGAUUCCGGAGGCGGAUGUGAGCUAGUCAGCGCGUCUACGGGACGAAGAAAAAUCCAACUGGACUGGUUUCCGACCUUACGCAGCCUCGUCUGAACGUGAGCAAGGCUGAACGUGAUUGCAAUCGGUUCUCGAUCAGGCAGAAAACCGUUCGUGGCAUCGAUUAAACUAUUCGCUACGGGGCGUGUACCCACAAGGAGACUUUUCCUCAAACUCGUUCGCGUCAAUCGGCGACCAUCUAAAACCCUUUGAACGCGUUUACGUCGGCCACGAACGCACUUGCAUGCAAUUCAAUUAAUCGAAACGUCAUAAAGGGAAAUUUUACGUUAAACAAUUUGCUUUUAAAUAAUUUUUAAGCGAAACAAUAUAUCUUGUAACAUAACAUGUAACAUAUCGUGCGGAUUGCAAAGUUUUUAUAUUUAUUAUACGAACGAUUAAGUAUAUUUAUUAUAUGAAAUUUUCUCGUUUUCUUAUUUCGUACAAUAAAUAGAAAAGCAGAAGAAAUCUAUAUUGCAACGUAUAUAAGAUGUGCAUAUAUCUAUGCCGCGUAAAUGUAACUUAGAAAAUAAGAAAACGUAAAAUAUCUGCGCGUGUCAGAACUGAUUCAACUUUUGCCAUUGGAGGCUUCAAAAUGUACGAAGUAAUUUAACCCGCGUUUCUCAAGGAUAUGUUAUCGACUUAGACGAAACGAACAUUAUCGUAUAUGUAGAUAGGUGUUUUGUAAGUGUUAAGGCCAAGUGUAAAUCCAAAGAUUUCGAGAUUCAACCGAAGAGCUUGCUUUAAACGUAAUGCAAAGUUUGCGUUUAAGAUUUGUCUAGCAACAUCUCGAUUACAUUUAUAUCUUCGUUUAUGCGCUGACAUCAUCGAUAAUAAUAGAUUCAUUUCAAAUCCGUGUCAUGCGUUUAACGAACAUCGUAGUGACGUUCGGUAAGAAGAGAAAAUAUCGAAACAGAUAAGUCGUAAUUAGGGUAGAGUUUGCGUAAUCGUAUUUGUAUCAGCGUGUCCAAUUCUUCAACCACGCGUUACCACGAUAAAACAAUAUUCUCGUAAUCUUUGCAUUCGUCGUAAUCUGGCCGAUUUCUCAUUAAAUUCCCGGGAGUUUUAUGGUUUUAUUGACCUUGACAUAUGUUGUCAAGGUCAACUUUCUCAUUAACUUCGUUUGUACAUAUAGUCAUCGCUCAUCUUUUGUUUCGAUUUUAGUAUAAACAUGUACACAAAAAUAUUUUUUAGGUUUGCAUCGAGUUUAGAUUACGUAAUACCGAAAAAUUCAAUUGUAAGGCUAUCACGAAACUAUCGCAGACGAAAUAAAAAUUCUACUGCAUGGAUAAUUGAUAUCGGAUUAAUAAAGUGUGCUCUUUUUUAUAUAA